UGGAUUGGAUCAGUGGAUCACCAUAGUUCUGCUAUAAAACGGCGUAGUUUUAAGUCUUGGAUAUAACAGCACAGAUCGCUACCUUCACUGAUGUGACCGACGGACGUUCCCAAUUCACUGUCACACGAGCUUUCGUCGAAGAUCAGAUUGAAGCCUCAAAAUGCCGAGUAGUUGCGAGAUCUGCUGCGAACUCCUAAUCGCGGUUUUGCUUCCUCCCCUGGGAGUUUGUUUCAGACAUGGCUGCUGCAGUGUUGAGUUCUGCAUCUGCUUAUUGCUGACAAUCCUAGGUUACAUUCCUGGAAUAAUCUACGCUCUCUAUGCGAUUGUGUUUGUGGAUCGUGACGAAUACUUUGACGAGUACAGGCGUCCCCUCUAUGCGCCGGCAUAGUCCAGUUUGAUCGUGGCCCUUUGUUUUCGUUUCUUGUGUGUUGAAUUGAAAAUUUUAGGGCCAGUUCAAUCUUUUCAACUUCGAUGCUAUGAAUUGUUCAACUGUCUGGAUAUUCCAUAGCUUCUAUGUACUGUUUGAUUACCAUUCUGGGUUUCAUCUGUAAUGUUUACGUAAUUCACGAAAUAAAUAAUUGUGUGAGAUAACAUUUAACCACUUGGGUGAUAACUUAGUUAGUGAAAUCUUUGAUU